ACCCUGCAGCCGGCAAACGGCCAUGAAGCUGAGGUGGAUAUUCUGUUGCUUGCUCUAACCUGGCUGGAGAAGGUGUGUGACCAACUGAGGGUGAAAAAGGAAGAUACAAACCCCGGGGAGCUGGCAGCCUUUGUGUCCUAUGCUGUGGCCUUUCCACAUAACUUCCUGGUAGUGGUGGACACCUACAAUGUGAUGAUGAGUGGCAUUCCCAAUUUCUGUGCGGUUGCACUGGCCCUGUCGGAACUUGGGUACCAAGUAAAAGGAGUGCGCUUAGACAGCGGGAACCUGGCCCAGCAAUCUGUGGAAAUCCGGAAAAUCUUCUUGGAUUGUGCUUCAUACUUUAAUUUCCCAAGCUUCAAGAAUUUAUUUAUCGCAGUCAGUAACAACAUCAGUGAGAAGAAUCUGAAGCAGCUGGCGCAGGAG